AUGUCUCUAACCCGCAAGCGCCGUGCACCCGAGGCCGCGGCCGACCCCUCCCCGUCAACAUCCCGACGCCAGCGCCUGCACGAAUCCGCAUCCCCAGAAGCCGACAUGUCUGACAGCGACGGCGCCGGCGCACCCUCCAGCCUAGAUGCCAUGGUCAAAAAGAUGGUGCGGCUGGCCCUGGCGAGCGAGUACUCGCGGCUGCCCAUCCGGCGCACCGAUAUCAGCGCCAAGGUCCUGGGCGAGCAGGGCACGCGACAGUUCCGGAUCGUCUUUGACGCGGCGCAGCAGCAUCUGCGCACUAAGUUCGGCAUGGAGAUGGUGGAGUUGCCGGCGCGCGAGAAGGUUACUAUUACGCAGCGGCGAGCGGCCCAAAAAUCCGAGAAACCCUCCGCCACCAACAAGUCCUGGAUCCUAAACAGCACCCUGCCCGCUGCCUACCGCGUCCCGUCCAUUCUCCAACCGACCAAAGCGCCCUCCACCAAGACGGAGAGCACUUACACUGCGCUGUACAGCUUCGUUGUCGCCGUCAUCUCGCUGAACGGCGGCAGCCUGGCGGAGCAGAAGCUGCUGCGGUACCUGCGGCGCAUGAACGCGGACGACUACACGCCGAUCGACCGGACGGACCGGUUGCUGGCGCGGCUGUGUCGGGAGGGCUAUCUGGUGCGGACGAGGGAGAUGGAUGGGGGUGAGGAGGUGAUUGAGUAUAUGGUUGGUCCGCGGGGGAAGAUGGAGGUUGGGAGUGGGGGGGUUGCGGGGCUUGUGAGGGAGGUUUAUGGGCGUGGAGUUCAGGAUGCGGAUGGGAAUGGGGAAACGCUGACGCGGGCAGAGCGCGAGGAGAGGGAGGAGUUUGAGGUCCGGCUGAGACGCAGCUUGGGCAUUGUCGGCGUGCGUGACACUGGGGCGACAGAGGAGGAACCGUCAGCGAAUGGGCCCGGCAUGGCGGAGGGGAGGGCGAGUGCCCAUGCCAGGCAGAGCGAGGGCCCUAGACGGUCUUCGAGGAGGGCGACUGCGGCUGCGUCGGAGGCGGAGUCGGAGUCGGAGUCGGAGGAGGAGUCUGGCGAGGAGGAGGAGUCGACGAAGGAAGAGGAUGAGAGCGAUUGA